CUUUCUUUUUUCCUUCUUCGAUCAACUUCAUCUUAAGCUCCAACACUUCUUUAUCUCAUACAAAGAGUUCUGCUGACAGCUGCACGCAAUACACAGGCGGUUCCUUCGUCGAAGCUGACCACAAGCUUAGUAUCCAGCAUUUUAAACAAUGCGGUAAAUGUCUUGUCCGAUUGUUGCAGGGAUGGACAGACUCGUGAUCCGUUCGAAGUGAUUGUCAGUGGUGAGCAGAUUAGAAACUAUGAAGAAAUCUACUUCGCUCAAUUCGAUGGGAGAUUACUGAGUACGAGAAGAGUUGGAAGUGCUUACUAAGUAGCUUGCUUGGAACAUUGAUCAUGGCAUCAAAAGGAAUACCACUUCCUCUUCACGACACCCUACGAGACCUUGCUCUUCUGCGGGCUUCUUCUGUGGACCUCUCUGGUCUGAUUGCUGACGAUACGACGUCCUCACAGGCUUCGAAAGAGGCUGAAGGGGUUGAAGAGUCCACAAUCCAAUCAUACGCGUUUGUGAGAGAUGUGCGGGCGGCGUUGAGAAUGCACAAUUCGGGAGAAGCGCAAAAGCAAGCGACAAGGAUCGAGAAGGUACAAGUGGAGCUAGUAGAUGUGUUGAGAAGUUUAUCGGAUUAAGGUGUGUAACAAUUUAGCGGCGACGCUGGCGAGUCAAUCAUCUUUACUGAUUUUGUCUCGAAGUUUUAGUAGCUGGUUGUGUCUCCGGGCCCAUGAACUUUAGAUAUGUUGACCACGUAUAUGUCGCGGUUCAUUCUUGUUGUAUGAGUCUCGAUCUUCCCACUGCUGCAUAAUUCAAUGAACACGGUGCGUUACGCACUAGUCUGUUAGCUCAAGUGGUCGUUGUACUACGAUGUGCGAUACACUGCAAGAUCUUUGUCAUGGUAGUAGUACUAAGUAUGUAC